AUGAAUGCCCCUCCAGCGCUCGGGUAUCCGCCCGGCGUGUCGCUGGCGCCAGGCAACCAAGUGUCUCCUACAGCCGCCAACUUCGGAUCUAACAAUCCAUUCCGAAACCGCGCUUUGUCGCCCUCAAAUACGUCAGCGACCAGCAGCAGUCGCCCGGAACGCCCCAGAUCAACCAACCCUUUCCUAGACGACACAGAAGCCAUGUCACCACAAUCGGCUCCUGGUUUGUCUACAGGCGUCACUAUGUUUUCCCCGACCGAGCAAUCAGAUGCGACCAACAACACUAGGGAUCUUUUUGAGAACCUCUCAAUCAAAUCCAAACCCACAGCAACGGUGACAGCUGUUCCUGCUCCUAGCCCGGCUCCCGUACCUGCACCGGCUCCAGCGCAAUCAAAUGGUGCUCGAUCCUCCCGUGAUCGUGAGGGUGAAUCCAGAACCCGAUCCAGUCGUCCCGGUCCCCCUCGCCCCCGUCCAUCAGGGCGACCUACAGAAUCCCGGUCCAAGGAUAAAGAUCCAUUGGACAUUUUCGCCGAUCCGCCCAGGCCCUCCAAGUCGGCCACCAUGGAUCCCCAGGGACGAACCCCUCGCAGACCCCGCCGUAACUCCGAGUCGUCUGUGAUGGAGCGAGCAUCUAAGCUGUUUGACGAUGAUGAUGAGAAGCGCCGCCGAGAACGCCGCCACCGUGAACGUGAACGCCAGCGUGAUGGCAAGCCCCGCUCAUCUCGUAAGGACCGCAGAUUAGACAUUAUCGACAAGUUGGAUGUGACAAGCAUCUAUGGUACUGGAAUGUUCCAUCACGAUGGUCCAUUCGACGCAUGCAAUCCCCACCGCAAUCGCAAGGGUGCGCGCACCGCGCCCAUGCAGGCUUUCCCCAAGAACUCGACCAAUAUGGCUCUGGGUGGCGCGGGGCCACUUAACUCCAACAUUGACCUGAAUCAAUUCCACGGACGAUCAGUCGAGGGCUACAACGACUUCAACACUGGAGUUGUACGCCAGCCAGAAACUGUCAGCUUCGACGCCAAGGCGGCUGUGGACUUGGUCCACACCUCAGAAAGUGCAGGACUUGGUACCAGUACAUUUUUGGACGGAGCACCGGCGAGUCGUUCUGCUAUUGCCCGUCGUGAGAGUGAGGCCGAGAAACAGCUCCAGGCUGACGGCGGACUCCAACGCAAGAAGAGUUUGGCCCAACGUCUUCGCGGAAAGAGCGGCACAGGACGAAUCGCUUCACCGGGCCGCAUGGGCUCUCCCCUAGAGGGAGGAGGUCUGGCAUCACCACCACAACUAGGCUCAAGCCAUUCUGCCUCUUCCCCAGGCAACGAGAGGAAUCCUUACUUCCAGGACUGCGAUAACGAGUGGGACAAUAGUAAGGGAUCACGAAAUGCGGAGGCACGUUUGGAAAGUGGUGGGCGUCUUCGAUCAUCUAGCAGCCCUAAGCAAACAACUGGUUUGGAGCGCAAGGGCACCAAUGACCGCACAGUUGACGAUGGACAGAAACUUAACCCUGGUGGUGGUGGCUUUUUGAACCGAAUGAAGAGUUUGCGCAAGCCACGACCAGAGCGUCGUACCAGCGACUAA